AAUGGAGGAGUGGACCGCGGCGGCGAAAGAGGUGCUGUCUCAAACUAUAAGCAACCAAGAUCAAAUUCAAGCCAAACUGACUGAUUUAGAAGCACGCUCACGCAGAAACAACAUCCGUGUGUACGGGAUUCCGGAGGACACAGAGGGAGACAAUUUGUUGGAGUUUAUGGACGGUUUCAUUAAGGCAGAGCUGUCACUCCAGGAUACAGAUCUAGCUAUACAACGCUGCCACCGGGCUCUGGGUCCCAAACCGCCGCAGAAUGCGAGCCCCCGCUCCGUGGUGAUCGCCUUUCUGGCAUUCAGAACCAGGGAUUUGGUGCUUCGUGCCGCGUGGAAGAAAAGAGAGGUACACCUCAACCAGCAGCGGGUUUAUUUCGACCAAGACUACCCGACAGAGACCCAAAAGAAGAGGAAAGCUUACGCCCCUAUCAGAAAACUUCUGAAAGAAAAAGGUCUCCGUUUCCAAACCCCGCAGCCAGCGAAGCUCCGAGUGUUUUUUGACGGUGGCCCGGUCACGUAUAGCAGCGCGGCGGAGGCCAUGAAGGACCUGCAGAAGAGAGGUCUCGCUCCCGACGGCAAUAGCAACGAAGGUUAUCCCACGGCAGCGCCGAUGGAGAAACUGGACAGACUGUCCUGGGUGAUGGCGGAGGCCAAACGACGGAGCUCCGAUGCACACGGAGAGAGAGCACGGAAAAAACUCAGCGGAUUUCGCCAUGAGGCUGGAGACGCUGCCGCUUCUCCAAGUUAAGCGCCGCUCGGUAAAACUCAUGCGGUAAGAUGAGCAAUCAGUGAUCUGAUCCAGCGUGUGGACUAAGAACUGAAUAUUUCUGUAAUAGAGACACUGUCGGACAUAAUAUCCCUUCAUUCAAUCUUCGCUAAUGUUAACUAGAAAUACGUUACUGAUAAAAAAAAAAAAAAAAAAUAGAUAACACACGACCGUAGUUUUGGGAGCCGGUUUAAAGGCUCUGAUUGUGCACUGAGUUAAACUCAUACCGAGCUAUGUCAGUGUGGCCUAAGUGUAUCUGAUGGCUUCUUGGUGCAGAAAUGAACGACAAGGAGCUCAAUCUGGCAUCAGUUGUUUUCUUUAAUUCUCCACCUGCAUUUCACACAUGGGCACCGAGGUAAAGUCAGUCUCUGGCAUGAAAGAAACUCCUGCAAGGAGGAGCCAUAAUGUUAAUGUGUGGGAAAUUCCCGCCACACUUUCUCACGAACUAAACAUUUCUAUAACGCAACAAAAACAAUAUAAUAGCAAAGCUAACAUAACAUGGAUUAAACAUAUUUCAAUAAUAUGCAAAAACGAAAACCAUAAACAUCUUUUAUAAAUAAUGUUUCUUUAUCACAUCGCAGAGACACGUUACCUUGACAGUGGUCCUCAUGGCUCUGAGGAUUACCCAUAAUACCCCGCUCUUUCUAGGGUGAAUGCAAUACCCCGUUUUACCAGCAGAUGGUGCAUUUUAGCAGGAUUUAACCUGAACCAUUUUAACUAUGUUACAUCAGUUUGCACCGGAGAGACCCCCCAUGGAAAGAGCCUCAUGGGGAUUUUUCUCUCCACCCAGGACUCCUUAAUGAGUCAUUUUGUUUUGGAAGUCGUUCCUUUAGUAUGUUUUCAAGUUUCAGGUUCCUUGUUUUUGAUUUUUACAAAUGUUUUAUUGUUAAGGUCACCUUGGAUGUGUAAGUUAGAGGGAUUUAUCCAUUUAAAGAUUUAUGCUCCAACAGCAAUAUAAAUUUAUAACUAUUAAUGUGCACGGGUUACAGAAUCCAAUUAAAAGAGGAAAGCUCAUAGCUAAGAUGAAGAGAGAACAGCAACAAAUUAUCUUCUGGCAAGAAACCCAUUUAACAAAACAGAAUCAUGAAAAAUUUUAAAAAAUGGGGUUUAAAAAGACAUUUUAUUCCUCCCACUCAAAUGGAAACACUAGGGGCGUGGCAAUAUUAAUUGCAAAUAAUGUGGACUUCCAGGUAUCCAAACAAAUUACAGACAAAGAAGGCCGUUUCGUUUUGGUGAGGGGAACACUAGACUCAAACAAAGUAACUUUAUUUAACAUAUACAGGCCUCCUCCAGGACAUGACAAAACAUUUAUUGAUAAAAUAUUUGAUCUUAUAUUGACUGAAACAUCUGGCGUGUUGGUAUGUGGAGGGGACUGGAAUGCACAACUGGAUCCUUCCCUGGAUUCUUCAAACCCUUUAAAAAAAAUCAACUCAGAAUCCCUGUAUAUAAACAAAAUGAUUAAAAGGAUUGGCUUAUUGGAUGUCUGGAGGGAAUGCCAUCCGUUGGCUAAAGAGUUCACCUUUUUCUCCCACCCUCAUGGCGUUUACUCAAGAAUUGAUUAUUUUUUCCUAUUUAGAGCAGACAGAUACAGGGUCCUAGACUGUACUAUUGGCACUAGGGAUGUGUCGGAUCACUCUGGGGUAUACUUGAAACUACAUUUAGACUCUCACCCUAAGACAACAAUAUGGAGACUUAACACAGCUCUGUUGAACGAUAACAAAUUUGAGGAAUUCAUUAACAAGGAAUUUACAGAAUAUGUUGAAUUUAA